GUGCGCCCCCACCAAGCUGCAAGAACCAGCCCGAAGCCAAGGCAGCAGCGCCAAAUCCUUCCGGCUCAUCGCCCUAUAGACUCGUUCAACGGUGUCGUACCGCUGCACGAUGGAGGCUCAGUCGCUAUUUUCAUUUGCGCGAACUCAAAUAUGUCGCAGCCAUCCCACUCUUGGCGUCAUCAGCAGACUGCUGCUGCUGCCACACGCUGGUCAGCUCACGGCUCACGAAGAGCUCGCGUUGCAACCCUACUAUGCGCCAGUUUCAACUUUAAGGGCGCUUGCCGGCCCUGUCGUCGUCAAGUCGUCCGGAAACCUCACACAUAUCUCUCCCCGGAGUGUCACCAGGGCCCGAAGCCCCGCCGACUGAACCAGCGCUGCUGUCCAUGGUUCCGCUGAGCUUGCUAAUAGCGCGCUCCGACUACAACGAUGCGGCGCCGUCUAGCACCGACGACGGCAGCGGCGAUGCCACGCUCGGGGUCAGCGGGCUGGUGAUCGCGCUGGCCGUGAUCUCGGUUGCUCUGCGCUUCUACACGCGCAUCUUCACCCGGCUCGGCCUCGGUUGGGACGACUGGCUCAUCUUCGCGGCCGUCAUCUUCACGCUGGCAACCGCCGUGCUGCUGCUCUGGGGCAACAGCGUCGACCCCAACGGCACGUGGGUCUCGGAGAACACAAACCCGAACUACGACUACACGCCGCAGGACAUCUUCUACCUGAAGCUCGCCUUCGCCUGCUCCAUCCUCUACUUCCUCAUCGCCGGCACCACCAAGCUGGGCAUCCUGUUCAUGUACAACCGCAUCUUCUACGUCAGCCGCGCCUUCCGGUUCCAGCUCUGGGUGGCAAGCUUCCUCGUCGUCAGCUGGUGGUUCGCCUGCAACCUGACCGCCUUCCUGAACUGUCGGCCCCUGGAAUGGAGCUGGCUCAACAGCCUGGCCGAUCCGCGGUACUGCAUCAACUACAACAUCUUCUGGAUGGCCGCCGGCGCCUGCGAGAUCUUCCUCGACGUGCUGAUUCUGACGCUGCCCAUCAGCGUCAUGAUGCGGAUGGGCCUGACGCUGAGGCAAAAGUUUACCGUGGGGGGCAUUUUCCUGCUGGGCGGAUUCGUCAUCAUCACCGGCCUGGUCAAGGUGAUCCUGGGCUACCCGCCCGGCAGCCGCGUGCCGAGCUACUCCAACACGGAGGUCUGGACCGAAGUGCACACGGCCAUGUCGAUGGUCUGCGCCUGCCUACCCAUCUUCGGCCCGCUGGCGCGGAAAAUCAAAAGGUCGGCCUUCGGUCGUUGGGUUUCGGCCCACUGUGGCCGCCGGAAGCCGGGGCCGCCGCGGCAAUCCGAAAAGGGGCCGCAAGGGCCUUCGUGGUCCAAGAUCAAGCUGCCAAGCUGGCACUCGAGCAGGUUUGCGAAAUCGAGAGACGAGAGGGAAGACCCCGAGCCCGGGAUUGUGGCUGUUAUGGAGCGCCCGAGUCCGUCGGGACAGGAACCCGAUGACCAGAUGGUGCAGCCGCCUAAAGCGGUUCAUACGAGAUCAUCGACAUCAACAACAACAGAUGCAAGGCCACUGGCCGAUCCAAUGGAGUGGCGACUUACCAUAUGGCGGGCGCAGGGGAGUACGGAUCCAGAGUUGAUGCCUGAUAUACGGCAGGAGAUGUUCCAGCGCGGCUUUGUUGUUUGAUUUUUGAUAUACCCCACGGAUUAGCCGUUGACGCGAUAGUCACAGUAUUCAGUAUAGAAACGAAUUCACAUCCAUGGAUCACAUUCGAAACGCGACGACGGCGGUUGGAUCUGAUGAAUGCGAUCCAAGCCGGCCUCUGGGGAAGUUCGUCCAGACAGCUUGACGGUGGCUCAAGAUCCGAGCGGGGAUCGCGGGGCCCCCGGCGGCUCGGUCACAGCGUAGUACACGACGAAGAGAGACAUUGGGCUCAACUCAAAUUCGAC